AUGGAUUAUAACUCAACAACUAUAGUCCCAAUCAUAGAAAGAAUAGAUGAACAAGAUAGAGUUGAUCAACCCCAACAACAUACAAUCAAUAUAAAUCAAAAUAGAAAUAAUAAUAAUAUAAAUGAAAUAGAACUUUAUGGAAAAAAACAAAAUGGAAAUUAUAAUCGUUUAGAAUCAGAUGGUGCUGAUACAUUUUUAAAUGAAGAUAAAGAUGAGUUGGUUAGGAAUAAAGGAGUUGGAUAUAUUGCAUUGGAUGGAAAUGUUUAUUAUUUGGAAGAAGAGAAUGAAAUGGUCGCAAGAGACAGAACCUACACAAGAUACGCUGGUUAUUUUUUGGAAUAUCCUACGAAACAACAAAUCAAGGGGCUAGUAUGUUCAGUUUCGUUUUGGGUAUUUGCAAUAUCAUUGUUUAUGUUGAUAUUAGAAUUUGUGGUCUAUUUAGUUUGUCAUGAUAAUCUAUUCCAAUUGCUCUACAUGGUACCAGAUCUAGUCUAUCGAGGACAGUUGCAUAGAUUAUUCUUCCCAUUAAUUCUUCAUGGUGGACCUAUGCAUUUACUUGGCAAUUCAACGUUCUUAUUGAGAAUAUGUCUCAUUAUGGAGAAAAGAUGGGGUUGGAAAAGAACACUAUUUAUCUAUUUGGCUACAAAUUUCGGUUCCAGUUUAAUGAUAAUGGCAACCUCGGAUCCAUACAAGGCCUCGUUGGGUGCAAGUGGUGCUAUUCUGGGAUUUGUAGGAGUCAUCGUAUUCGAAUCCCUCUUUGCAAUGAAAGAGUUUUCCAAAGCAACUAGAUACAAUUUCCUCAUCACCACACUCUAUCAUCUUUUAAUUAUCAUUAUCAAUAGUUUUGGACCACAAGUUUCCAUGGCUGGGCAUAUGGGUGGAUUCAUUCUCGGGUUUCUCAUGGCUGGUGGAUUAUUCCUACAAAGAAAAUCAGCAAGAAUAACAAUGACCGUUGUAACUUGUAUCUAUUUAAUAAUAAUAAUCAUUGUUCCAAUUUGUAUAGCAAUAAAUAAAUAA